CAAGGGUAUCUCUCUGGAGAUCCCUACCUACAUGGGGCCUUCUGCAGGAAACUUCCUGAAUAGAAUUUUAUGUUAGAAUAACUGCUAUGAAUACAGGAAUGAAGGGAGUCCAAACGCCAACAUUUAUCCUCUUUUCUGAUCAGAGGCAUGGGACUUCUGAUCUGACACACCUGUUUCUGUAUCCCAGUAAGAGUCCCAGACGCAGAUUCAACAUCAGAGUCUAACUUCUGAGAAAUCCACACUGGAAAGCACAUGAAUACGGAUGCAACACAUGAAUGUCGGUGCAUUUGCUUCAGAAGAGACCUCAGCUAAGUUCCUAAGUGUUGUAAUUAGAUAUCUACAUUAAAGUAGGAUUAAAACAGGUCUACUAAAGAAAUGAAGUUGUUUUUUUAUCCACUAACAGACAACAGAGGAAAAAUAAGAUUAAAUAAGUGCAGUGUUGUCCCUUUCCCAACCCCCCUUCCCCUCCCCCAUUUUUUUUAACUAUAUGCACCAAUGGGAUUGAAAUGUUGCUGAGCUAUUACUGUCAGUUCUCUGUCUUAGAAAAGGCAGGGGAAGAAUUAAAACAGGCUGCAAUCCAGCAGCUAGGCAGGGGUCUGUUACUCUAAGCACAGCUGGAGGGCUGCAGGGAACAGAUGCACAGUGUUACAAGUGCCAGCUCUGAUAGUUACAUGCUGUAGUACAGAAGAGCCCUUAGUCAGGUAAGUGCUUUCACAUGAGUUUUAGUUAUUACUAUUAGUGGAAGGCUGAGUAACAUUAAACCAACAUGAAAACUGACUAAAGGUUACAGAAUUUGUUAUUACAAAUCUUUUGCAGUUAGCUUGGAGUCCUCUUGGGGUGAGGGUGGUAGAGGUAAGAGCAAGUGUUGUAACAUGAGAUCUGACAUCAUCUGAUUUAUUCAUUUGUUUUUAUUGUUACCUACUUAAUUCAUCACUUAAAAAUGAAAUUAUUAUAACUAAAUCUUGGCCAUAGCCACAAAAAGAGUCAUCUUGGAAUGGACUAGAGAAACAGCACGCUCGUAUUUGAGUUUGUAGAAUCAUAGAAUAACAAAAUGGAAUCACAGAAUGGUUUGAGUUGGAAGGGAGCUUAAAGAUCAUCUAGUUCCAACCCUCAUGCCAUGGGCAGGGUUAAUAUCCACCAGAUCCAGCUGCCCAGGGCUUCAGCUGGCCAGGCCCUGAGCCCCUCCAGGGAUGGGGCAUCAACAACUUACCCCUUGCACUAUCACUACACUCCUUGAUAAAGAAUCCCUCUUCAGCUUUCCUGUGGGCUCCUGUUAGGUACUUGAAGGCCCACUAUAAGGUCUCCUUGGAGCCUUCUCUUCUGUUGUUGGAGCAGGUUGAGAAGAGAAGCACAAAGACGUCAAAGGGCUGGAGCACCUCUCCUGUAAAGAAAGGAUCAGGGAACUGGAUUUGGUUGGCUUGGAGAAGGAAAGGCUCUGGGGAGACCUCAUUGCAGUGUUCCAGUAGUGAAAGGAAACUUCUAAGCAGGAAGGGGAGUGACUUUUUAGAUGAACUAAUAGUGGUAGAAUAAGGUGGAAUGGCUUUAAACUAGUAGAGUGGAAAUUUAGGUUAGAUACUAGGAAGAAAUUUUUGCCUCAGAAGAUGGUGAGGCACAGGAACAGAUAGCCCAGGGAAGCUGUGGAUGCACCAUCCUGGAGGUGCUCAUGGCUGGAUUAGAUGGGAUCCUGGGCAGCCUGAUUUAAUGGGUGGCAACCAAACAUGGCAGGGGUUGGAACUAGGUAAUCUUUAAGUAUAUUCUUUGGAAAUGGUGUACUUUUCUGCUCUUAGGUCUCUGAUGUAGGAAGCAUCUCUACUUCCACACACUGAAGAAUGACAAUAUGACCUGUUUUUCACAGUGUUCUUUGUUUUGACAUAAGGCAUGUUUACCUCAGUGCCAAGAGGUAUCGUAUCAUAUGCUAUUAAAUAUGGUCGUAGUGAACCAACCAUUUAAGUACCACAACUAAGCCUAAUAGAAAGCACUGAUAAAUAUAUAAUUAACUCUAAUUAAAAUAAUUUGAAUUGCUUUUAUCUAUUGUUUACAGUUGCCUAAAACAAUCUCCAUAGGUAUGCUUUCAGUAAGCUAGUUUACAUGGGGGGAAUGUCUCAUCAGUAUAAUUCAUUCUUUCCAGGUAAUAUUCUUCUGUAAGGGAAACUUAUAGUUUAUCCAUAUGCUUCUGUCCUAGACCUUUCCUGAAAAUCAUUUGAAAGCUAGAACAACUGCUGUUAAAACCUUUGCUUGCUUAUGACGUGAUGAAUGCCAGCACUGAAGUGAAAGGAUACAGGAACAGGUUGUAUCUGUGACUACACAACGUGGAAAAAUAAAUUGUUAAUACAGUAAAGCUGUGAGUGAACUCAUCCCCCCACCACCACUGCAUCUCCCAGUCUCAGAGCUCUUCUUUUACCUUUGCUGAAAGAAGAGUUCUCUAAGAGUCCCUGUUUGUGCUAGACAGUGAGGGUAUUGUAGCACACGAAGGAGGGCUGUAAAAGCUGAACUGCGGUGUAACUGAGGCUUGGGAAGUUGCCUUAGGCUACUCAACAGCAGCAGCAGUGGGCCAGAAAGCCACAAAUGGGUUGUUAUGAGAAGGAUAAGGAACUAGCUAAACCUUUAAAGAGCUGAAAAAUUUCUGCAGUGGGAGUAAAAUAAAAAUGGUUUGUAAGGUGUUGGCUGCAGACAGUGUUGCUGGUCUGUUUUUAAUUAUAAUGUGUAACUAUGCCCAAGGAACCUUGCAGCUUGCAUUUUUAAGCUUGAAUUUGUAGAGCCUUACAGGGAGCUUGAGCUUGGUGCUUGCCAAGCCUGGAGUUUCCUCUUGAGCUUGCAACAGAGAUAGUGAAGCUUCAGGAAAGCUUUCUCCAUGUUUUACCCUUUCCAUCUUGUUUUAACUGAAAUGUAACUUAGUUGUUACUAAGCAUUGCUAUGCCAGCCUUGCCUAGAUCAAGUAAGGCUGGAUUAGGCAAUUUUAGCAUAGCCAUGUACUUGUGCUCCAGUGCUCUCUCGUUAGCUAGUUUCCCUUUAGUUAGUUAGUUUUUAAUAGUCAUUAAGUUCUGAUAAUUUGAAAAUCUUAUGGUCUAUGAACUUAGGUUGAAAGCAUGCUUCUACUAGUACAGCUUCACUGUUUGCAGGAAGGCAGUAAAUGUGAUUCAAGUUUAUGCACAAAAUCCUUUUAAGAAUACAUUGAAUUUUAAUGUUCCUCCUUAAAUUCUAUGGUUUUUGUUGUUUUCAACAAACCUGCAUUUGAAAAUAAGAGUAAAUAUAACGGAUAGUUUAGGAUAUAGUUUUAAGUGAACAAAAAUCCUUCUUUUGAAUUUGUACACACCUGCUAUCCUUCCACCCAGCUUCUAUGGAGCUACAGAGUAUAUCUGAACAAGAAAAUCACAGUGCAAGUUCCCAGUCAUUACCUUGCUCACCUGGGAAUGAGAAAUAUCUCAGCUUCACCUAAUGACAUAAAUAGGUGGAAAUAGGAACUACUUUACUGCUUUAUAGCAGAAUAGAAGGUGAGUUUGCCAUGUAAACAUAUGGGUUCACAUAGAAAAUAAAGUCAUAAGAAAUAAACUUGGUUUGAUAAAAAUAGUACCAAUAUCAUGUCAGUUGUCACUUCCAUAAUUGAGUCUUGCUUAACAGAUGUUUCAUGAAAUUUGCAUAGUGAUGCUGACGUUGCUUGAAGCUUUUCCUGCAACAUAUGCUGCUGUAGGUUUUUUUAGGUCAGUGAUUACUGUACACACAAGAAUACAGAAGAAAAAAGUGUUCCUAAUCCUUUAUAUUGUAUUUGCUGUUGUUAAAUCAAUAGGCAAAAUGAUAAACCAGAGCUCAUCUUCCAAAAAUCAGUUUCACUGUUUCCAUCAUAUUAAGUCAUACUUCGAGAAAGCUUCUAGACUCAUUCAGCAGAAGAUUCUUCUGGUUAAUUAGCUAAUAACUGGAGCCAAGCCCAAAUUCGAACUUUAUAUGCCUAGCUUGCCAGUCACAAACGUGUCUGUUAGGGGCUUGAUGGAUGAGACACCUCUAGUUUUCAGAGUCUUAGUUUUGUACCCAGUUUUUAUCUGAAAGUUUUAGAUUUUUCCUGUCUAAUAAACUUUUAAAAUAGGAUAAAGCCAGGUCAAAAGCUUGAUGAAGGACAUGCCAUCUCAGAGGGAGGUCUAGUAGAAGCAGAUUAAACUCCCGUUCUUUGUUGAGCUCCAAACAAUUGCCACUGGUCUGCAGCCAGAUUUGCUGUCUUUUGCUGACAUCCAACAUCAAGAUCCAGCCUAUUUGCUGUUAGAAAAAAGAAUUUGGUGUGCAGCUAGACAUAACAGUCUCAGUUGUAGAAAAAUGCUAGGCAGAGCAUUAAAUUCUGCUUGCCUAAAUUUCUUUUUAGACUACUUUUGUUGUGGUUGUUGUUUGGUGUUGUUUUUGUUGUUGUUUAAUUGAGUGGAGGACCUUUUUAUCUUGAGAAAAGAAGCUAGCUUGUUUCACUGCUAUUGACCUCUUAUUCCCAAAUGCCUACUGUUGAAAGAGCAAUUAUUUUUAUUUUAAGUGCACUUAUCUGAAAAUGAGAACCUGUUUCAUCUUUUAUGUGCAGAUCUCAAGGCACUUUACACAACAGGAAAGAAUCAUUAUCCACAUUCACCACAAAUGGAAAGGUGAGACACUGGAAGAAAUACAGGGCCACCAAAGGGAUGGCAGAAAAGAUGAUAUACCUUCAAAGACUGUCUGAUGGCUAUCCAAGAAGCCAAGCUCUUUUACUGGAGUAAGAGAUUCAGUUUACAGAUCAAUCGGCAGACAGCCUGGAGCUCAGGCAGGCACUUCCCUGCAGCAGUGACUCCAGGGAAGGGAGACACAGCCUCUGUCAACCUUGCCAUCUUUGCCAAGGUGGGCCGUAGGCCACAUCAAGCUGUGCCGCCAGGCAGCUGGAACCAGGAAUCAUCCCUCCGUGAGGUUCAACAGCCAUCACUAUCCCACCUGGAGAGCGCUCAUGCCUCUGCAGACAGGAAGAAGCUCAGGCAGGCACUGCCCCACAGCAGUCACUCCAGGGAAGCAAGACAGCCUCUGUCAACCUUGCCAUCUUUGCCAAGGCAGGCAAUGCCGCUGGCAGCUGCACCGCAGCAUGCAGCUGCUGCAAAAACACAUGUUCCCAAACUGCCCGCUCUGCAAGCACCAGCCUCCAUGCGUUCUCCAAGAGGCAGAGACCAUGAGCUAAUCCCGUGCCCACAAGGCAAUGCUCAGCAGCACGAUAUGGCAGCAAGGACCGAGAGCUGGGAGGCAGAUAGGCUAGUCCCUGUACCCCCUCUGAAGCCUGCACAUGCCACCCCCAAGUCACUCAGGUUGGCAUAUCAGAGGCGUCCAGUAGCCGCAAGACCAAAACCCAGCCAGAAACCGGCAGGUCCAAAGCAAGACGCACCCACCAGCUCUCUGGGAACACCAACAAGAAGUGCCCAGGUGCUGACCAUCAAGGCUGAGAGCGGCCCCACAGAUAAGAUGCCACCAGAUCCCAGUGCUGAGGGGGGCACAAGAGAUGCUGACGGGGCUCCUACCUCACGUUCUGAAGCAACACAACAGGCAGCAGAGGAUGGUGCCAAAGCUGCUGGCAUUUCUGAGAGCACACUGGGUGCCAAGGACACUGAAAAGAGUCCACGCUUCAGGAAAAAAUUACGCAAGUUCAUGUCCUGCUCUCGUUGCAAAAUCCGCUACCUUCCUCUGGAGGUAGAGAGGAGAGACGUCACUGCAAGACAUGCUGCAACACAGACAGACGAAGUCCCAGUGAGAACACCAUCUGGCGAGGCAGAGGCUCGGCCUGCAGCUUCUGGUGUGGCUGUGAGCUCUCAGCACGAGGCAGACAGCCUGGAGCUCAGGCAGGCACUGCCCUUCAGCAGUGACUACAGGAAAGAGAGACAGUCAACUUGUGGAGAAUCCCUCUUGGUCCCUGCACCCCCUCUCCAACCUGCACAUGCCACCCCCAAGUCACUCAGAUUGGCAUAUCGGAGGCGUCCAGUAGCCGCAAGACCAAAACUCAGCCAGAAACUGGCAGGUCCAAAGCAAGACACACCCACUGACACUCUGGGAACACCAACAAGAAGUGCCCAGGUGCUGACCGUCAAGGCUGAUGAGAGUGGCCUUGCAGAUACAAUGCGACCAGAUCCCAGUGCUGAGGAGGGCACAAGAGAUAUUAAAGGGGCUCCUACAUCACCUUGCCUAGCAGUGCAAGGGCAAGAAGACGAUGGUGCCAAAGCGGCUAGCACUUCUCAGGGUAUUCCAAGUGCUGAGGACAUUGAACAGAUGCUCCUAUCCUCGUGUCUUUGCCUUUCCAUCUGCAUUGUUCUGGACAAUUUAUAGGAAGAGUAGGAAGACAUCCCUGGGAGAGGUGCUGCAGCAGAGGCAGCCAAAGUCCCAGUGAGAACACCAUCUGGCGAGGCAGAGGCCCAGCCUCCAGCUUCUGGUGUGGCUGCGCGCACCACAUGUGAGGGGCACCAUGCACCUACCCCCACCUCGCUGCCAGAGGAUAUUCGGACUUGGGAGACCACAAGACAGUGCUUUUUUCUACGGGACAAGUGGGAAGGCACCCCUGAGUAAAAUAAUAUAGCAGGGGCAGCCAAAAUCGCAGCAAGCAUGUCUAGAGCCUGAUCUGGUGAGGCAGAGGCCAAGCCUUCAGCUUCUGGUGUGGCUGCAAGCUCUCAGCACCAGAUAAGGAAGGAACACGUGGUUGUCAACAGUGUGGGAAUCGAAUGUUGAUUCUGUAUUAAAAUAAGAUUAGAAUUUUCUUGAUUUCAUGGCCUCUGCUGUCAUUUGGAUCAUUUAUCAAAAUCUAGCUAGUAACCAUUUAUGUAUAGUCAGCAUGAAAAUAUAUGUUGUACUUUGUCACACACAUUGCAAGAAUAUCCUGCACAAAUUAAAAGGACAAGUCAUGACAUGUCUUAGAGAGGGCCUGAAGAAGGUAUUGAGGAAGGCCUGGCACCUCUCCAACCCCCUACGGUGCUCUUUGUUUAACAAAGGAAGCGUCCUUCAGAGACAAUGGAAGAAGCUUUGGAGAAAAUCACCGUAUCAACAUGAUAAGAAGAGUACCGAGACAUCUUGGAAAUAACAGGAUGGCGACUGAUUGGCACAAGAUAGAACAAGUGUCAGAAUGUAAUUAACAAAUGUAAAUCUUCGAUAAGACUGUGAACCUGGAGUACCCACCCAAUGGGGAAACAGGGCAGUGGGUAGGCAAGGGGGGGUAACAAGGUACAAAAGCUGUCAUACUGUAUCCAUAGGUGCGCUCCUGUUUUACAGGACACCCGCCAUUGCAAUUGCAAAUUAAAUCU